CUCCCCUCCAACUCGUUACUCUUCCUCUCAUCUUUCUCUCACUUCCUCUUGUCACUUCGAUCUUCAAUUUCAAUCUUCUUCUCUUCGCUCUUCCCUUUACCCUCUACUUCACCUAAGACCACUACGCUUCGGCCUGGUAUAACAUCUUCUCUCGAACGACGGCCCAGUCUCCCUCAUAAAGAAAAAUAAUGAUCUCGCGACUCUGACAGCGCCAUUCGCUGCCCUGCCCUGCCACUACCUUAUCGCCGAAGCGCCUGUUCUUUGUCUCAUUAGUUCUCUGGGCUCCUUCCUUGGACUCUUCUCCCUGCUACCCGCUAGACUCGACAGUAGCAGUAGCUUCUUUCUCGAUUGCUUCUGAAGCCCAAACCGCGAAUUAUUUUUGAGCAAGAACUUCAUUUCCCUCUAAAGACCGCUGUCCACUGCGAGGCUUGUCUCUCUCAUUUACCAAGUCGAGCAACUUGCGUGCGUUUACUGAGCACUGCCCACUACUGGUAGGCUCAGCGACAAGAUCAGCUGCGCUGACCCAUCGAACGACCGACUUGACCUGCUCUCGAUCGCACCGCGACCUGCGAAGCCAUUCGUUUCUCUUGCCGGACUAUUUAUUUCUGGCCGGCCAAUUUCAAAUCUUUGCACAUAUUCACAUAAUUUCAGCCAUAUUUGUCCCAGGUGGAAGCCAACUGGUGUUUCAGCGCCCUGAUCAAACACUCGAAUUAUACCCUGUACGCAGACUUGAGACUGUAAUAGUCCUCACCAUCUGCCUCGCUUCACUCCACGUCCUGGCGCAGACUCGACUCACUAGAUCGCCAAGCGGAUUACAAAACAUGCCUUCAGUUGCGGAUAGAAGAGUCUACGAAGAUCAAAUACCGCCUUUCAUGACAGUAUUUGAUCUGGAUGCCGAGACCAUGGCAGAUCAGGACACUGUGACACUCAUGGACACUAAAUUCGUCGACAUGGAACCAAAGCGACCUGGCAUGAUGGGUGCUUCUCCUCAACAUGGUCUUGGCCCUAGCAUGAUGCCUGUUGACGCAACACACAAGCAUCACGAUAGCACUUCCACACAGACCUCCGAGUCGGCAGACUCUUCACCCACAACGACCUUGUCUACAACCGACUCCUCGCCCCUCUCAGAUGCGUCUCCCUCGUCUUCUCCCGAUUCUCCUAUGAAUCUGAUUCCCCUCAACAACUAUCCUGCCACGAGCUUCGGAAACCUCUCUACCAAUCUCAGCAGCACAGCCACCACUACUCUGUUGAGUGAGCCUCCUCGGCUUCAGCGACCAAUGACAUCACCUUCACCUCGAAGAGGGCGCAAUAUGAAGGGCCUUUCUAUCCAGCCCCCAUUCGCUGCCUCGACUUCAACGACAAAUAUUUCGCUGGUCUCCGAGCCUUCUUCUCCAUCAUUUAUCAAACCUACGAUUCCCGCUAUGAGAAGAAAGCCCAGCCAGCUGAGUCUCAAGACCAAUACUUCUGACUUGAUCCAUAAGACCACCCUGGAGGUCCCACCCUCACCAGCCAUGCCGAUGCUCCAGCGUCGAGCUCUUAAGCAUUCUUGUUCCUCACCUCACAUGUCUUCCGGUCUGAAGUCCGCGACCUUCGGUCCACCUGGUGGUAUGACUUUUCCCAAGGUUUUGGAAAGAAACGAAUCCGGACUUUCAGAAGUAUUGCGGCCCACAAAGUCAAGUAUGAAACCAGCUUUCCAUUCUGCGAUUACUGAGGAAGAUUCGCCAAUUCGUACUCAGAUGGCCAUUCGGGAUGAUGACCCUUACCGCGAUAACGAGAACAACGAGGACAUGAAGACGCCAGGCUACCCUGAUGGGCCAAUUGCGAUCUACGGAGACAAUGUUUUUCUCUACUCGGAACCCACGGCUGACGAAGCAUCGCGGUUUGACGUAGUCAUCAAUUGCGCUCGCGAAGUCAGCAACCCUUUUGAAAUCCGCAAAAUGGCCCAUGAAUCACAGUCGCAGUCACCAUUCCAGUCUAUGCGACGCCCUGUUUCUGGGGUUGAAAGCCCCAUCCCCGAUACUGCUGUGUCUACAGCCAGUUUCAUGACAGCUUGGGAAUAUCCCCAGGAGGAUUCAGCUGAGACACCUACCACACCAAAGGCAUUUCAAUUUAAAGAGCCUGAAUACAUCCAUAUUCCUUGGGACCACAAUACCGAUAUUGCACCGGAUCUUAUGGAGUUGUGCGAUGUUAUUGAUAAGCGGACAAAGGCUGGCAAACGUGUGCUUAUCCAUUGUCAGCAGGGCGCAAGUCGAUCUGCCAGUCUGAUUAUUGCCUACGGCCUGUUCCAGAAACCGCAUCUCACCGUGAAUGAUGCUUACUACGCAGCUCAGUCCAAGAGCCAAUGGAUCAGCCCGAACAUGAAACUCAUGUACUCGCUGCAGGAUUUCCAAAAGGAAGUGUCAACGAAGCGAACGGCGUUACCGUCACACCGUCCCCGUCCUGGCCGUAGCCCUUCGAAGCAUAGAAUCACACUCUCUGUUGGUGCUAUCGAUAUUGGAGCCAAGGAGCCACAGACUGCUCCUCUUCCAACACAGAACGAAGAGUCGAAGGACUCGCACUUGAAUCCGAGUCCAAAUCGACUUCGCGGAAACUCAACACCUGGACCUCGACCGGUCUCACCUGGCCCAGCUUCAGCACCCCCUACUUGCACCUGGAAAGAUGAGGUUGAGCAGCACUCGUCAGAACACCUGGAUCCUCUCAAAAUUAGCGACUUGCCUAAGAGACCUGUGUCAAGCCAGGGCAAGGCGCCACCAACUCUAGCCCCGUCUCCCAUGAUGGACUCGAUCAUGAAGCCUCCACCUUCGCCCGGGUUUCCCUCUCAGGCGAGUCUUGGCUUCCAGACCAUGACCUUCCCACGAUUCAAUCCGGCACCAUCGGAAAUGAGAUUUAGUGAUGCGCCAGUGGAGAGAACCAUAACUCUUCCUGGUUCAUACCCGGAUGAUAAUGCUCUAUUGUCACCGAGAGCCGAGAUGAUGACUAACAACCCGCUUCAUGAUGUCCAUGAAGUCGCUGGGAUGCGAUUCGUCGAGAGCCCGCCAACACCGAGCCAAGGCUUGUUUUCUCCUCGAGCGGGCAUGUUCCCUCGAGACCCUUUUUCAACCUUCGGAAGACCACCGGUCGUUGCAGAUCCCAGGAGUCCACCCACCAAAGGCGAGGCACCUAUUAUUCGAUCAAUUGAUGAUCUCUUAUGAUGACCCUUGACCCUGUGUUUUGCUGUCAAGCCGAACAAACCAAUUUCCAAGGGAAGAAGUACGACGAAUUACUAUCGCUAUUGUUUUCAUUUUAUACAUCCUAUUCGCUGUUCUACAAUAUGAACCACAGCAUUUCAGGGGCGUUUUAGCAACAGGGCAGGGUUUUAACUGCACUCCAUCCGACCCUCGAUUCCGGAUGGUCUCUCAGCCUUCCGUACGAUGACACGCAAAUAACCAAAUACAUCUUCUUUGUCACCGAUCUUCUCCAAUCGUUAUGUCCUCCUCAUACCAACCAUUCGCUUUUUCUCUCUCCUUCUUUUUCAGCAGUGCACAGCGCAUGGCGUCGGAUGGGUUCACGAUGACCUAGUGUAAUAUAGACGAAGACAUUCGGUCUUGUCACUCUUGUUUCAGUUUUAUUUUUGGUUCUCGCUUUGUCCGUUUUGGACAACGAAAUACAAGUGGCGUAUGGCUUCAGGUACCCCAAGGGGAAUCAUUGGGAGGGCUCAAAUACCCAGUCAUGGAAAGGGGUUGUGCAUGUACAGGUGUUGCUAAGGAAAAGACGAGUUACUGUGUUGGGUUAUAGCAUCACGGCGUUUUUCCCCAGGAAGCAAAAGGGUUCUUGGUACAGCAAGACCGUGUGAAGAAGGCUUUACAUAGUGCUUAUCUACCUAGGUGUUAAUCAAACAGAUUACACAUCGUAUCGGCCCUCGUUUCUUCUAUGUGAUAGAUUAUGAAGUGUACGUUUUCAAAGCAGAUGCACUCGGGCAUUUACCCUGAAUUACCAUGAGGGGUUGGGAUUGGUUUAAUCAAUGCCUGCAAACGCCCCUUAAACACGAUAUACUCCUAAUUUCUUUCGGCUGUGCCCCCUUCGAGCCAUUAUACAUAUUGUAUUCUAUCGCACAAUAACAAAGAGAAUCAGUGAGAUGCAUUUACAGCUCCUUCUUGCCGUUUUGCUGUGCCUUAGCAGCCUCCUUGGCCAUCUUCUCCUGUCGCGCGAUACCAGCCUCAACGCCGAUGCCGCCGAAUACAAGCGCG